AAGGGGCGGUCCAAAAUGGCGCACGUUUCUGGCGACUGGAACCCUUUGGGGGAAGUGUUUUACAGAAAAUUGGAGUUGUACAGUAUGGACAGAAGCUGGCAAGAGAUCGCCGAACUCAAGAAAUUCAAGGUGGCCGCUGCUCCAUAUGGAGGGCCCAUUGCUCUUGUUCGUGAUGAAAGCAAGAUGACACAUGUCCGCGGAGGCACCCGCCCCACCAUCUACAUCUACACAUCGUCUGGGCGAGAAAUCUCACAGUUCAGGUGGGACAGUGGCAAGUUGCUGCAUAUGGGGUGGUCCAGCUCGGAAGACUUGCUCUGUGUCCAGGAAGACGGCACAGCCCUGGUCUAUGACAUCUUCGGUAGCUUCAAGCGAAAUUUUAGUUUAGGGCAGGAAGCCCGUGAUACCAAAGUUGUAGAGUGCAAGAUAUUUCAGGGCUACGUGGGCACAGGAUUGGCCAUACUGACGGGCAGCUAUCGAUUCUUUGUGAUCAAUAAUAUCGACGAGGGACACAGCCGAAAGAUGGUUGAAGUGCCCGGCUUGGACUGUCCACCGAGCAGUUGGGGCAUCAUCUGCCGAGACAGACACACCCAGAUCUUACUCGCCAAGGAGAAGCAGCUGUUCCUGGUGGACUACACAGAUGCGCACGAGCAGGCACUAGAGACCAGAAGUCCUGUGAAUGCUUUCAUUGAGAUGGCUGUGUCUUUCGAUAACCGUCUCCUAGCUCUGUUUGCUGAUACGGGCCUUCUGUGGAUUGGCUCAUCUGACUUACAGAAGGUGUACUGCGAGUUUGACACCAAGAGCCAGGUGAGACCCAAGCAGCUGGCCUGGUGUGGCACGGGUGCAGUGGUGGGAUACUGGGAGAAUCUCCUCUUGGUCAUCGGGCCUCACAAGGACUGGAUCAAGUUCAACAUGGACAGUGAUGCGUACUUAAUUCCAGAAGUGGACGGUGUGCGGAUCGUGGACACCUUCACUCACGAGUUGCUGCAGAGAGUUCCAGUUGUCGUGGAGGAGAUCUUCAAGAUUGGCUCCAUGGCUCCGGGAGCGAUGCUGUUUGAAGCAUCAAAAGAGUUCCAGAAAGAAAGUCAGAGGGCAGACGAGUACAUCCGCAUGGUGAAGGACCAGCUGCCAUUGGCUGUGGACCAGGCCAUCGAGGCCGCUGGGUGUGAGUACGAACCCGCGACGCAGAGGAUGCUCCUGAGGGCUGCGUCUUUUGGAAAGUGUUUCCUGACCAACAUGGGCCCCGAGAAGUUCGUCAACAUGUGCAAGCUACUCCGAGUUCUCAACUCGGUCCGGGAGUACCACGUGGGCAUGCCGCUCAGUUAUGAACAACUCAAGAGACUGACAUUGCCAGUGCUGAUCGACAGGUUGAUCCUACGUCGUCAGUGGUGCCUUGCCAUGCACAUUAGUCGCUUCCUCAAACUGCCUGAAGCCGACGGAGAGAGUAGAAUACUGGGACACUGGGCUUGCUAUAAGGUCUUGCAGAAACAUAUCGCCGACGAGAAGAUUGCCCAAGACAUCAAGAGCAAGUUGGACACCGCUCCGGGGAUUGCGUACUCAGAGAUAGCCAAGAAAGCUUCGGAAUGCGGCCGCACCCAACUAGCUGUCAGGUUACUCGAAUACGAGCCACGGGCAGCUGAACAAGUCCCACUCUUAAUGACCAUGAGGGAUCAAAAAGUAGCCCUCACCAAAGCAAUCGAGAGUGGGGAUACGGACCUAGUCUACUUGGUGCUACUCCAGAUGCAGGAGACUAUGCCAAUGGGAGACUUCCUCAUGUCUCUACGCAACCAGCCGAUGGCCCAGAGCCUUUUCAUGCAGUUUUGCCGUGAGCAGAAGCCCUCCCUGCUGUCGGACCUGUACUAUCAGAAUGACGACUUCCAAGAAAUGGCUAACUGUCAAGUUGCUGAGAGCUUCAAAAUGACGGAGUUUCAGCACAAGGCAGACAAGCUAAAUGGAGCGCACGACAACUACACCAAAGCAAGGAAUGAAUUUGCAGCCAAAGCGACAGAAGAGCAGAACAGAUUGCUGGGUUACCAGCGACGGCUGGAGGAGCAGUACAAGGUGGCCUUCAUUGGUAAGUCGCUGCACAACACCAUGCACGAGCUGGUAUCCAAGAACAUGGGCAAGCUGGCCGAGCAGCUGCGGAAGGAAUUCAAGGUGCCAGACAAAAGAUUCUGGUGGCUGAAAAUAGACGCACUGGCAAACUCGGGUGACUGGAUUGAACUCGAGAAGUUUGCAAAAAGCAAGAAGUCCCCCAUUGGAUAUGAGCCAUUUGUUGAAGUCUGUAUGAACCACCAUAACAAGUAUGAGGCCAACAAGUACAUAGGAAGAGUGGCAGCCGAGAACAAGGUUAAAAUGUACAUCAAAAUGGGUUCCAUGGAAGAAGCCGCAGAUCUUGCCUUUCAGCAGAGAAGCGAGGAAGACCUCAACCAAGUCAUGAGGCAUUGCCUUGGUAACCGGGCCCUGACUGCCAAGAUCCAAAGCAUGAAAUCACAGUUGGCAGCCAAGAAGUGAGCAGGACACCAGCGGCAUUUGAAAACAAAAAAGGCAGCCAUCUUGGUCCGGUUCCCCAAAUAUAAGGCCAGCAUAGCAUGGUUUCUUAAACGGCACCACAAAAAUAUUCCCCCCCUCCAGUCUUGCAUCGAUCAGACGAGAUAUAGUAUGUGAUAUAAGUAUAUGAAGAAAAGAAUAUUUUUCUUUGUAAAAAAUUGGAAGGGGUUUAACAUGAGCCUUGUCUUUUAUAGGUCUGAUAAGUCAGGUUAUUUCUUCAACUUCUGUUGGAAAAUGCAGCUUCUGCUUAGACUGGCCUAUGAAAACUGGUCUGGUAACCCUGCCAUGUGUUGCCUAUUCUUCCACUGAUAUAAUAUAUAUCUAUAUAUAGGUUUGGUUGGCUUUGUAACUCAGAAUAUACUAGGAGCUCUAGUUGUCACGACAUUGCGGGGACUAGAUAAAUUACCUCAUCGUAACCUAGGGUGCAUCCAGAACCAAAUUUUCAGGGGUCUCAGUCUUUUUUUUAUGAAACUUUUAUAGCCUUUCUGCGGGUGGGGCUACGUUUGGGGGCUUUUUACACGCUUCAGAAAAAAAAGGAAAUGGAACAACAGAAAGUGCUUUCACGGAGUCCCCCGAUCGCCAGUGGUUCUGACUAGAACCUGUCAUAAACCUAUGCAUGGUGCGUGUCACCUCAUGGUGCAGCUUCACAUGAUUUCAUGCAAGGUGUACGGCUCAAGUGUCCCCCCCCACACACGCACACCCCUUUUGAGGUCUUCACUGUUCUAAUUCUUGUGAGAUAUCUAGGAUGGUGUAUUUGGUGAUGGUAUGUCAAGGGUGGUCCCUCACAAAUGAGCCAAUGCGGGAUUUCAGAAAGCCAAGGUCGUUCGAGAACAAAGCACACUUGCAGGUCAGCAGGUAAGCGGACCUCUGGUGUGCACCUAGCUGUUCCCGAAUGCUCUCAGAUGCCCGUCAUUUGGGACACGCGCUGUUGGAAAUACACAGAACCAGCUCAUUGUACACUACAAUCCCUACUGGGCUAUAGGAUGGUAGCACGCAUGCCACCUGCGUAUGAACAGGAUGGCCCCGCAGUAAGAGCUUUUAAUCCUGGUCGAGGGAUCAGACUAUAGCCGGGCAUACG